GACAAAGAAGCAUUGCAGAUUUUGCUCGACGGCUCAACGGAUCAUCACACCAACGCUUCUUAUUAAUUUAUACCUACUUAGGUAAAAUCUAAAUACAAAUCAUAUUAUUCAUAUAAACAAAUCAUCAGAACUGCGUGCACAAUUCGAUUGGAUAUUGCGUAACUAUUUUUGGUGUGGCGCUAUUGACAGAUCCAAGUGAAAGUGUGACCAGAAAAUAAUCAUAAAACAAUAUAAUGAGUCAAAAAAGCUGCAAUAACAACCGCCGGGCGAAUCCCGCAAAAAUGUACGAGGCAUUGCACAAGAAGCGUGCGGCCGAGUGCGAAGCCAGAGAACAAUGGGCCGGAGUGACGCAGUACUUCAAGACUUGGGAAAACAACUCGAACAAGUUCACGAAUUGGACUUCGCCGCAGUACUACAAAAAAAGUUCCGAGCUGCAAUUGGAAAUGCGAAGACGGGAACAGCAAAAACUCGAGGAAGAACAAGAAGAAUUGCAAAAGUGGCGCAAAAAAUUACGAGACAGACAGCUCGAGGACGAGGAGUUUAAGAAAGGGCAAAUGAAAAAAAAGCCCGUUCCACUGUCGCGGCCAAAUUCAGCCGGACAAAAAACGCCUUGUGAAGAAAUGGCAAUGGAACUAAAACGCAAACACGACGCCGUCACGGACAGGGAGAUCGAGUUGAGACUUCACGUACGAUCCAAAUCGUGCGAUCCUAAACAGGCUAAACAAUAUGUAAUGCGAGAGCGUGAGCGGUCGUCUGAAUCUUCGUGGGACGACCGGAUGAAAGAAAAAAAAUCGGCAGACCAAAAACGGCGAGAACGAUCGGAACAAGAACAGCGGUUGAACGAGGAACGGUCUGCGGCCGAUAGAUUGGCUGAAGAGGAAAAACACCGUACACGACAGGCUCGGGCGGCUCAAUUAAAAGACGAGCUUGUCGGUCGUGUAGCGGAAUUAAAAAAUCGUUCGGAUCGAUGUGACGAGCUUAAGAGAUUGGAGUCUGCAUACUUAUCAUUGCAAGGCCAGGUGGAAGAUGUAGAACGUUGUAAUGAGCAGUUAGAUCGAAAAAAGAUUCAAAGCUUAUCCAGGGCUAAAGCGCUUCGCCAGUACCUGACCACACUGAAGCAGAGGUCCAAGGAGGUGGUUGAGUUUUUGCGAGAAGACCGUAAGCUUCUAGAUGACUUGGUCUCAACUGUGCGCAGCUCUAAAGCUGCAUCUUCCAUUGACCUAGGUGGUAUGGUGGACGAGCUCAGAGACAUGUACAACCGAUACGAAGAUGACGAAAGCCAGCGACUUUACUUAAUGGAUUUUAUGUUUGAAGAAGAAGCUCGAAACAUGUGGCGGUCACAAGAGGAACGGUGGCGAAGAGAACAUACAUUACGUAAGACCGGAAUGGAAGACCUGUUUUCUGCGAUAAAAACCCAAUUGGAAGAGAAUAUUGACAAAUGUUUGGAUGAACAACGUAUGUUAAUCAGUGAACGAGAAGAAUUGAUCAGUAUCAUUGAAAAGGGCAAUGAUGAACUAAAACGAUUGGAAGCAGAGUCAGCUGAAUUCUAUGAACAGUAUCCAGACUACUGUAGCAGUGACAACAAUAACAAUAAUGGAGUACAAUCAUUGGAUUCUACAGACUAUAGAAAAUUUGAAAAGACAGCUUUGAAGGUAAUGGAUCGCGAACAAAAAUUGUUAGCAGAAAUGGCUCGAAUGAAUUUGUUGGAUGACCCCAAAUUAACAGAUCACAGAAGAAAGAAAUCAGUUUGGUAAAUUUACUACACUUUUUAAUUCACUUUUAAAUUUUAUAUGACUUGUAUAGUAACUAAUGUGUCUUUUUAUAUUUUCUCACUGACGAAAUAACUAUCGAUUAGUUUUUAAAUAGUCUCAAAGAAAUAUUAACAAUUUAGGUUUUUUUUAAUAGAAUUAUUUUGUUGUUUCAUCACUUUCAAAUAAUUAGUGAUAUAAGAUUUUAGUAACAACAGAUAAUAUUUUAAUUCUGUGCAAUAUGUUUUAUUUUUUGAACUUUAUUGUUAAACUUUUAUUAAUAUGUAAGAUUUAUUGUAAACAUUUAAAAUUUUGUUAUUUGGGAAAUAACGAGUACGUAUUUUAUGUGCAUA